UUCAGUAUCCCAAACACUUUAUUUAACGCACUGAAAUUUGAACACGGAAGUGCAAAGCAGGAAAUAAAUCCUGGGGACAAUAAUAAGGUUACACCCGACCGCGGAUUUUUUUGAAAGCCUGGAAGGAAAACAGUGUCAAUACAGAAGGUAGCACUGCGGGCAGCUGACUUGAAGUAUGGCUUUUCCUGAGCCAAAGCCGCGGCCCCCGGAGCUGCCGCAGAAACGGUUGAAGACGCUGGACUGCGGCCAGGGCGCGGUGCGAGCCGUGCGAUUUAAUGUUGAUGGCAACUACUGCCUGACCUGCGGCAGCGAUAAAACCCUAAAGCUGUGGAACCCGCUGCGUGGGACGCUGCUGCGGACGUACAGUGGCCACGGUUACGAAGUGCUGGAUGCGGCAGGCUCCUUUGACAACAGCCAUCUCUGUUCUGGUGGUGGGGACAAGACGGUGGUGCUGUGGGAUGUGGCAUCUGGACAGGUCGUGCGCAAAUUUCGGGGCCACGCUGGAAAGGUGAACACAGUUCAAUUUAACGAAGAGGCCACAGUCAUCCUGUCUGGUUCUAUCGAUUCCAGUAUCCGAUGCUGGGACUGCCGUUCUCGGAAGCCUGAACCAGUACAGACACUAGAUGAAGCCAGAGAUGGCAUAUCCAGUGUAAAGGUGUCAGACCAUGAGAUCCUGGCAGGCUCUGUGGAUGGCCGUGCGAGGCGCUAUGACCUGAGGAUGGGGCAGGUCUUCUCAGACUACGUGGGCAGCCCCAUCACCUGCACCUGCUUCAGCCGGGAUGGGCAGUGCACUCUGAUAUCGAGCCUGGACUCUACUUUGCGGCUUCUCGACAAAGACACUGGGGAGCUGCUAGGCGAGUAUGUUGGCCAUAAGAACCAGCAGUACAAGCUGGACUGCUGCCUGAGCGAGCGUGACACACAUGUGGUCAGCUGCUCUGAGGAUGGGAAGGUGUUCUUCUGGGACCUGGUAGAGAGUGCCCUGGUGCUGGCCCUUCCUGUGGGUUCUAGUGUGGUGCAGUCACUGGCUUACCAUCCCACGGAACCCUGCCUGCUGACUGCCAUGGGUGGCAGCAUCCAGUACUGGCGAGAAGAGACCUAUGAGACAGAGGGUGGAGCAGGCUGAGACUUAUGGACCUGACACCAAGGACCCAGACCAACUCAGAAGACCCAACAAAAAGACCAUUUAUUCUAGAGAUGCUGCUGACCAAGGAGUGGGCUCAGGGAGGGGCUGGUAUGUAAAGUUAAUAAAUAAAGGUGUGGCAAGAA